UGCGAGACCUCUAGUUGUAUGCGACUGAGAUAUCCAAUCAGCAUAGCUAAGUUAAUCCCAGGAUCAAUAUGUCCAAACGGAUCAAUUCCUUCUUCCAGCCUGUCGUAUCGAAGAAGCCCAAACCCGAUCUCGAACCGACCACUAUCACCACCACUUCCUCGCCAUCGACCCCCGGGGCGGUCACCCACCAUCCAAACUACCCCAUGCCCAUCCGCGACCUUCCCUCGCAUAUCUUCAAGCCAAUAGCCAACCUGGAGCGAGCCCGACCGCCGAAAGCCAUCAACAACCAGCCACACCUCGACCUGCUGUACUUUCAGCCAUUCCUCCCGUCCCCCAUCGCCCGCGAUUUGUUCAACUUCCUCCGAAAUGAGCUCCCCUUCUAUCGCGUGCAGUACACCAUCCGUCGCGGUCCAACCGAGACCCUCAUCAACACGCCCCGCUACACGACAGUCUUCGGCGUGGACGAAACAAGCAUCUUCAUCCCAGGCUUCCCAGGCUCGGGGGAUAUCCCGAACACCGAUCCGAAACCCAGCGAUAAGAUGAAAUACAACCAUCCGCCGCGCCCCAUCCCGCCGUGUCUCGACGCCCUGCGUCAAGCCGUCGAGGCCGCCACCGCCGACGGGACUCACUAUAACUUCUGUCUGGUGAACUACUACGCCACGGGUGAUGAUAGUAUCUCGUAUCACUCGGACGAUGAGCGGUUCCUAGGCCCGAACCCCACGAUCGCGUCGAUCUCGCUCGGAGGACAACGAGACUUUCUGUUGAAACACAAACCCGUGGCUGGGAGUGAUGUCGACGCGGGGAAGCCGCUCAAGUUCCCGCUCGACUCCGGGGAUAUGAUUAUUAUGAGGGGCGAGACGCAGGCGAAUUGGUUGCACAGUAUACCGAAGCGAAAGGGCGCGCAGGGGAGCCAGGGGAGGAUCAAUAUCACAUUCCGCAAGGCGGUGGUACCUGGUGGCACAAACAAUUACUAUAGAUAUAAUGUGGGCGAUGGGGCGGUCUACCGAUGGGACGAGUCCGGCAAACGCAUGGUCGCUGUCAAGAAGGAGGAAGUUCAGAAGGAGAAGGAGGAGUCGCAGAAGGCGGACGAGGUAAAGGUUGAUGGUUGA